GACCUGCAGAAGACCUGCAUCCGAAUAUCUCCGGAUCCGAAUAUUUUGGCUAUUCUGUUUUAUUUCUGUGUGAUUUUUAUUCCUUUAUUCUGAAUAUUAUUUCCGGAAGGAUGUAGGUAGAUCGCAGUGCGAGAGAUUCCACAUACCGACAGUCGGGGAAAAAAAGAAGACAAAAAAAAACCAGCAGAAAAAGGCGACAAGCCCUGCGCAUCAUGACAGAUGGACUAUCUAAAUCCUCGCGCAGCACCAGUAACCUUUCCGAGGGACUUUUACCUCUAACGCGGCUAAUAACCCAGUACUGUGUACCAUAAUCUGAAAAUAGCAUUUAGGCAACGCUCAGAAAACACUGCAUUGCUGCUGAAGGAUGAAAAACAACGGCAGCACCUCCGCAGUCCUUCGCAAGCAAAAGACUUUCCAAAUCAAGUUUGUCUGUCUUGUCUGACUGACUUGCUUGGAAGUUGACACAAAUAUUAGUAUCUCUCUUGAGUGCUGAUAUUGAAUAUUUAUUUAGAAAAUAUAAAUAUAAUCCUCCGUCUCAGCAACUGUGUGUGACAUAUGGUCCAAACGUAGCAGGCACUGACUACACCUGUACCCAGUCAAUAACAGGUUACCCCUAUGUAAAAUGGAGGAUAGUUUUGAUUGCGACUGUGGUGAGCUUGAGCCACCCGAUUGUUGAGGGCCAGACUACUCUGUGAAGACUAAAAGGCAAGACACCAUUUUUGGAUGAGCGGUGGUUUCAACAGGAAGAAGAUUUGAGUAAAUACAAAAAAAUAUAUAUAUAUAAUUAAAAAUUGUAGUUCUUUUUGGCGCAAUUGUAAUCAAUGCAGCUACACAGGAUGAGUCUAUCACUGAAUGUAUCUGCACUGUGAGGAUGCAACAAGAUCCUGUUGUAGUUUUUGAAUUGGCCUCUUGAGUUCAUUCCAUUAUUGCUGGCUGUUAAACACUAUAAAUGUUUAAAAACGGUUUAAUAACCGGAGAAGCGGCAAAAACAACAACAACAACAUAAACAACAACAACAAAAAACAGAUUUUGAAAAAGUAAUUCAUAUUAGGCCUGGAAAAACUUGCUCCUUUUGUCAAACAAACAUGACUUUCUACUCUGGUUGUGAGUCCGAGAGCCGUGUGAUUCUGUGAGGGUUAGACAGGGGGAAACAGUAGUCUUCUGUGAGGGUUAUACCAUCCACAUUUUCUAUUUUCACAAUGUUACACACCAGGCAAGACCUCCUAUAGCUUAUUACCAGUCAGUUUGUCCAUUUUGUAUUAAACAACCCCCAAAGCCAAUUGCAAACUUAGUCAAAACACCAAAUCCAAGAUGGCGGAGAAGUUUGAGUCUCUGAUGAACAUCCACGGGUUUGACCUGGGCCCACGUUACAUGGACCUGAAGCCUCUGGGCUACGGAGGGAACGGCCUGGUGUUCUCAGCCAUCGACACGGACUGCGACAAACGAGUGGCGGUGAAGAAGAUCAUUCUGACGGAUCCUCAGAGCGUCAAACACGCCCUGAGAGAGAUCAAGAUCAUCAGGAGGCUGGACCACGACAACACCGUCAAGGUAUUUGAGACCCUUGGGCCCAGCGGUCGUCACCUAACAGAGGACAUAGUCUCUCUGACAGAGGUGAACUCUGUGUACAUCGUCCAGGAGUACAUGGAGACAGACCUGUGUCAGCUCCUGGAGAGGGGUCUACUCUCUGAGGAUCACGCCAGACUCUUCAUGUACCAGCUGCUGAGAGGCCUCAAGUACAUCCACUCUGCCAACGUACUGCACAGAGACCUGAAGCCUGCCAACUUGUUCGUCAACACAGAGGACCUGGUGCUGAAGAUAGGAGACUUUGGACUGGCCCGGAUCAUGGAUCCUCACUACUCACACAAGGGUCAUCUUUCUGAGGGCUUGGUGACUAAAUGGUACCGGUCUCCUCGCCUGCUGCUCUCUCCUAACAACUACACCAAGGCCAUUGACAUGUGGGCUGCCGGAUGCAUCUUCACCGAGAUGCUCACCGGGAAAACGCUCUUCGCAGGAGCCCAUGAACUGGAGCAGAUGCAGCUGAUCCUGGAGUCCAUCCCUGUGCUGAGAGAAGAGGACAGGCAGGAGUUACACAGUGUUAUCCCCGUCUUCAUACACGGUGACAUGUCCCAGCCGCACAACCCACUGGCCAAGCUACUGCCCGACGUCAGCCCACAGGCCCUGGAUUUCCUGCAAAAGAUCCUGACCUUUAACCCCAUGGACCGUCUGACAGCAGAAGAAGCCCUAGCCCACCCUUACAUGUCUGACUACUCCUUCCCCCUGGACGAACCCGUCUCGCUGCACCCCUUCCACAUAGAGGAUGAGGUGGAUGAUAUCUUACUGAUGGACGAGGGUCACAGCCACACCUGGGACAGCAGGUACCGUGACAGCCAGCUUUCAGAAGGGGACUGGCACCUCCACACCCACAGCAUUCUGGACACUGACGAGGUACAGGUGGACCCUCGGGCUCUGUCUGACCAAACUGACGAGGAGGAGGUUCAGGUGGACCCUCGUAAGUAUGCAGACGGAGACCGGGAGAUCCUGGAUGAUCCUUCCUACGGCUACUCCUCCCUCUUCACUCCCGAACGCUCGUGGCCCGACCCCGAUGACAAACACUUGGACCUUCACCACGAGAACAAGUACUGUGACCUGGAGUGUUCCCACACCUGUAACUACAAGGUGGUGUCUCCAUCCUACCUGGAUAACCUGAUCUGGAGGGACAGCGAGGUCAACCACUACUACGAGCCCAAGCUCAUUAUAGAUCUGUCCAACUGGAAGGAGCAGCAGAGUAAAGAGAAACAGGCUCAGGCUGCAGGCAGAGACAAGGAGCACAAGGCUCAGAAGAGCAAGUGUGAGAAGAACGGCCUGGUGAAGGCUCAGAUGGUUCUACAGGUAGAGAAGGGCCCGGUGGAGAAGGACUCCCAGCAAGAGAAGAACCAGACCCAGACUACUCAACAGAAUCAAGGCUUUGACUUUGACUCCUUCAUCGCCGGCACCAUCAAACUGAGCCUGCGAACUGAGCCCAGCGACGUGGGACUCCUGGGGGAUGUGGGCCUCCUGAGCGAGGUGGGAGUGGGCCUCCUGAGCGAGGUGGGCCUCCUGAACGAGCUCAACUCGUCUGUGUCCCAGCUGGAGGCUCCGCGGUCAGGCUCCAUGUCCAAAACCAUCAGCCAGGAGAAGGAGGAGAAGUGCCUGGUGAACUUUGCUCAGGUCAGCAUCACCGUGGGGACCGCUGGGUCUGGGGCGCGUCCCGCACACCCCUGGGAGAGCUUCGGAGGAGGGGAGAGGGUGGAGGAGCGGAGAGGUGGGUGUCUGAUGGACGGGGCGGGGCGCUGGGACGUUGGGAAAGAGGAGCAGCUCCAGAAGGACAGCUGCUACACCAGCUACCUGGACAGACUGUUCAGCAGGAAGGACGAGGGCAGCGGGGAGAGUGCUGCUAGCGCCGCCGACACCCCAGAACCUGAGCCCUCGGAUGUGGGAGUGGAGAGGGAACGGGACGAGGGGGGCUUCCUGGCGCGGAGCGGAGAAAUCAUGUUUAACAUGCAGCUGGACUCUCUGGCGCUGCCGGGAUUCGAUGCUACGACCGACGUGCCGCUCAAAUCCAUCCAGGCCUCCCUCGCUCCCUCCACGGUCAAAUGCUCGCCUCAGAUCGCCCACACAACCUACAGCAGCUUCUUCAAGCAUCUGAAUUAAAAAACCAUAAAUGAUACAAUACCAUGUUCCUCACAGUGCAAGAUCUCUAGGCUGGUUCUGUUCUGUUGUCCUUCUAUUUAAUUUCAUUAUGAUAGUGAUGUUAUUUUACUUGAAUCAUUUCAUACCUUAUUGUAUGGCUCCUUUUUUUAAAUAUAAACUCUUAUUUGUAUUUUUUUUUUUUUUUUUUAGUUGUUGUAGGAGUUAAAGGUAAAAUAGACUGGGUUGAAAAGUUGCUAGCAGAUCAAACAUCAGCGUUAUUACCUCCCGGGGGUCACUGACCUGAGACCUGAGUUGAUCUCCCCAAUUAUCCCUCAGCAUCCACCAACUGGCAGCAUUUACACUGCACACUGAGUACUGUAGACUAGAAGGAGAGGAGAGAAGGAAUGAGGAAGAGAGAAGGAAUUAUUACCUCCGGGGGUCACUGACCUGAGACCUGAGUUGAUCUCCCCAAUUAUCCCUCAGCAUCCACCAACUGGCAGCAUUUACACUGCACACUGAGUACUGUAGACUAGAAGGAGAGGAGAGAAGGAAGGUGGAGAAUUGGAUAGGGGGAGAUAUAUGGAGGGAUAUGAGAAGUGGUGCGAUGCUAAGCAGAACAGCCCUGUUGAUCCUGCAGCCUUUCCCCCUGAGCUCAUCACUGAUCUAAGACCUGUGGCUGAUAAGUGAAAGGAACGUUUGCACCCUAUCACUUAAACCAAUCAGACUCUCUCAGAUCAGUCAUGUGGUCAACACAGGAAGAGGUGUAUAGAAAUCACAGCUUUGUAUCUGUGCCAUUCUGGUGUCUGUGACAGCAUGGCCAGUGCCAUUUGAGGCUAUCUCCAUUUUAAAGUAGUAUAUUUUCUUCUUUUGAUGUUUGAAGAGUGUAACGCUCAUAGUGGUGACUUUACUGUCACCUGCAGUCACCUGCAGUCACCUGCAGUCACCUGCAGUCACCUGCAGUCACCUGCAGUCACCUGCAGUCUUCGAGUCUUGAAACCAAAUCGUGUUAUUCAUUUAUUGUGGCCACUAGAUGGCGGUCAUAUAGCUUAAAGCCAUUUACAAACUAGGCAAACCAAUUUGAAGAAGACAAAUGCUCUGCUGAUCGCUCCCAACCCAUAGGAAUCCCCCCACCCAGUUCACUACUUUAAAAUGGUGGAAGCUCUCAAUGGAAAUGUCCAUGUAAAAACAGGUUAUUUCCAAGUAAUGUUCUCUACAUCUCCAUGGGAGGAAGGAUGCAUAUCUUAACAGAGCCAAUGUGAGAAGAUGGGAGGGCAUUGUGAACUAAAGGAGAGAGGUGUAUUGUGGGAGAACGUAGUCAUACUCACAUCACAAUCGCUGUAGGUCUUUUCACCGGGGGGGGGGGGCAGGCUUUUCCUUUCUUUUUUAAAGAGGUUUUAUUUGAAAAUGUACUUUAAUUAUUUUUACCAAGUGUUUAAUUUAUUUCUGUAUAAUUUCCUAAAAGAGGCUUCCUGAAACCCCCUCAUUUCAUACUGUAGUUUGUUUGACACAUGAUGCCAGCAGCGAACCAUUACUCCUGGCCCUUUUGUGAAUGUGUUAUCUACCUCAAGGUAACAGCAGCGAGAGACAUUCGAAGCCGCACUAGUGCUUUACACACACACACACACACUACCAUCCUCAUACACCACACACACACUACCAUCCUCAUACACCACACACACACACUACCAUCCUCAUACACCACACACACACUACCAUCCUCAUACACCACACACACACUACCAUCCUCAUACACCACACACACACUACCAUCCUCAUACACCACACACACACUACCAUCCUCAUACACCACACACACACUACCAUCCUCAUACACCACACACACACUACCAUCCUCAUACACCACACACACACUACCAUCCUCAUACACCACACACACACUACCAUCCUCAUACACACACACACCACUCUCUCACUACCAUCCUCAUACACACACACCACUCUCUCACUACCAUCCUCAUACACACACACCACUCUCUCACUACCGUCCUCAUACACACACACCACACCACUCUCUCACUACCAUCCUCAUACACACACACACACACCACACCACUCUCUCACUACCAUCCUCAUACACAUUGCAUUGACAUAGUGACCUUCUCUUCUGUUUUGACAGUCGUGUUUCCAUUAUUUAUUUCUAGCAGAUAUUUAUUUGAAUGGGACAACGUGUUAAUGUAACUGUUCUGGACACCGAGGCGUUGGACGAGAGGGACGGGGGGGAGUGAGAUGGAAGGACAUCCCAUUCUUCAAUGUAACUGUUCUGGACACCGAGGCGUUGGACGAGAGGGACGGGGGGGGAGUGAGAUGGAAGGACAUCCCAUUCUUCAAUGUAACUGUUCUGGACACCGAGGCAUUGGACGAGAGGGACGGGGGGGGAGUGAGAUGGAAGGACAUCCCAUUCUUCAAUGUAACUGUUCUGGACACCGAGGCGUUGGACGAGAGGGACGGGGGGGGAGUGAGAUGGAAGGACAUCCCAUUCUUCAAUGUAACUGUUCUGGACACCGAGGCAUUGGACGAGAGGGACGGGGGGGAGUGAGAUGGAAGGACAUCCCAUUCUUCAAUGUAACUGUUCUGGACACCGAGGCGUUGGACGAGAGGGACGGGGGGGGGGGGGGAGUGAGAUGGAAGGACAUCCCAUUUUUCAUUGUGUCACUACGGUGAUUCAUUUAGUUAUGGUAGGUUGCAAGUUAAUAAUUAAUUAAUCUGUCUAAGUUAUAGAAGCUUUCCAUUUUCAAUCAUUUGUCAUUUUUUAUUUAUAGGUGCAUUCAGUUUUUUUUUUGGGGGGGGGGGAAAUGCUUCAUGAGAAGCACCUAAGUCUUACUUUUUAAAAAAAAAUCUAAAUGUAAAUUGUUAAAAUCGUGUGCAUGGAAGAAACCGGAGGUACAGUAAAACGAAGUUAAGGGUGAACAUCAUUACAUUUAAUUGUUUUUAUUACAUAUUUAAGUUUCCAAGCAUGAUACGAUUACGUUCUGAAGGUGUCGCAUGUUCAACAUGAGGACAUUUAGUUUUUGCCUUAAAGCUGCCUCUCCAUUUUGUAAUAAUCGGUUCCCCUGUUCUAUGAAAUAUCUCAUUUAAUAAACAUGACCAGCAAACAA